AUGUUUCCAGUGUUACCAAUCACAUCAGCAAGAAACGCAUCACUUACCUCUACCCUCACAGACAAGGCCAUCCCACCAGCAUGUGCUCCCAAAAGAUGGGCACCCAAGGAGAAACGCCCACCACACCCAGCAUCAGCAGCAGCACAGCACUACAUGGACUUUAUGAACGUCCGGUCCAGGGCAUGUCCAGGAAAGCAGAGGAAGCGCAGCAUCCAGCCAGAGGCCGCCUUCCCCCCCAAACCCCAGCCUCCCCCUGUGGCACGCGCUGCAGAGGCUUCUGUACCAGCUACAUUGGUCGGACAACGUGAGAUCCGCUUCGAAGUCAAUGACGUCUUUGAAACUGCUCAAAGAAGGUAA